CUUAUGUUUAUUUAAUACUAUUCUUUGCACAGUAUACUUUAUACAACGUUUUGUAUUGAAUUUUUCGUAUCUACUGUAAGAGUAUUUUUUUUUAUAAACUUUACCCCAGUAAUAAAUACUAACGGUUUAUUCGAAAUUCAAUAAUUCCAAGGGAACAUUUCUAUUCAAACAAUUUGAUGUAGCAACGCCGGCCACCCUUGUCAUAUCCCAGCCAAUGUUCGUAUAUUGGCAUACGUACGUGUUAGUCACUAACACAUACGCACGUAACUAUCAGGAACCUGAAGUUAGUCGAUGAUUCAUGGAAAUGAGCUGCGUGAGCUGCGUGUUGCAUCUUCUUCACGUCGUUCAUUAUUUACCAACAUGAAUAAAGAAUAACACAGUACUCAUUAUCGAACGUGGUGAAUAUCGUGUGGCGUAACAUGAUCGAUCUAAAUGAUAUUUCUACGUCAAUAGGAAUAAAUUCUAUGAUGAAAGAAAGUGAUUCAUCCUGUUCUGUGUAGUUAUCAAUAUGCUGAUGUACGUGCGUGAAUCAGACAGUGCAUAUUUAUUUUUUCUACAGUUUAAAUACACGUGAAAAACAUGUCAGAGACGUUGCAAAUAAAUAAAUGUAUUCAGUCAAAAUUAUGGUACACGUCGUUAACUAUUUGUCAGGACGAUGACAGAUCUUCGCAGGUUAACAACGCAGACUUCGUUGAGGCAAAGGACUUGAUUGUAAGUCUAAUUGAUUCUCAAAGUGUAAGCCAGUCUGAAUGGAUAAUACACACGUUAUUGUGUACACUCGUGAAUCGUGUAACAUCAUUAGACGUUGACUGUAUUCGAAAAGAACAAUGUUACAUUCAAAUGAAACAAUCUCUGCAGCUAUGCAGAAACUUGUCGACGAAUUUACAAGAGAAAUUGUUAAUGAUAUACAGAGGUGGUACAGAGCAGACCACUUUAGACUUAUUUCGAACGAUACAGGAUGAAUACCUUACGUUCUUGAAGCAAAACGUUUACGACAAUCCAAUUGUCACCUGUUGGAUUCACAAUGAAUUGUUGUCAACUUGCAGCAAUAUACUAGACGAUACUGUCUCUCAGCUACAGGAUUUUUAUCCAUCUUUAAUAAAAGAGUUGUUAGAGUUCAAAUUGUCUAAACAGAAGUUGAUCGGUGACAAUUCUUUCGAACGCGUGCUACUACUCCUUAUAUCUAAAAUGAACACUUUCAAGUGUGACGAGACGACAUGGUGCACCAGGCUUUUUCCUAUGAUACUGAAAGCAAGUGAUACUCAGGAUCUUCAGCUUGCAUUAUACUCGAGAACGGAUGAACUUCUAUUCAAGAAAUGGUGUGCCUUUCUCAAUGAAGUCUAUAUGAAUUGUAGACCUAUCAAUAAUUUAAGCGAUGCAUUGAAAAUUCAGAAGGUGUUGUUUCACUUCACACCUGCUUCUGUUACUAUCAAUAAUAAUAGACUUGUAGAAAGAGUAAAUAGCAUUAAGUCACAUUGGGUAAUAGACAUAUUAAAUAUCUGUUAUACAUUAAUGAUAAACAGCAAGUACAACGAUGUUUCACGAACACUAUCUUGUCCAUUGUUAAAACCGCUUUGGCCAGUUUUGUUACUGAAACUUUUAAACGAAUGUUCACAAUGGGAAGAUGAUUUGCCCGAUGCCUGGAAACAUUACGAUCUUCUGUAUAAUUCAAUCGAAUUUUUGAUACCCAAAUGCACCAAUGAUUUAUCGCAAGACUCUGUACUUAAUCAACUGCAAGAUGUGAUUAGAAAAAAUUUGAAGAUACUAAAAUACAUUCUGGAUUCUGGAAAGGAGAAUGAAGAGAAACCUGUUGCUGAGUCUCACAGAAGAAUCUCCAUAAAAUGGAUAUUCGACUUACUGCAACAUUUCGAUACUCUUUUGGUGUUGAAAAUGACAACAAAUAUACAUGAGCAAGAGCAUAAGAGGAUAAAGAACUUGUUGGAAGACCUUCGUGAGCCGGAAAACAUUUUCAACGCGUACUGCAGCGUGUUAUAUGCUUUGAAAGCUAUCUUGUUAUGCGACAAUUACGACACAAAUAAAUCUACCAUAAAAGAGUAUUUUUCAUAUAUGAACCAUCUCGUAAAAUCGUUGCAGCCGCCCGAUUUGCGCGUUCGAGUAAUAGAAAAUAUAUUUUAUUUGAUGUUUCUACGAGACGAACACUUUGACCACGUACCCAAAAGUAAUGAUAACAGCGAUAUAGACACUUCUUACGAACAAUUAAAGUUCGACGAUAAAUGCAACGCGAAAAAACAUUUAUCAGGCUUCAUCUGCAACAAGUAUGCUGUGCGAGAUGUAUUACAUCACUUGCGUGAUAUUGUAUCAGCAACGAGGAUGGAAUACGUGGGGAUGAAAAAUGAGAAUGGAGAUACAGAAGAAAUAGAUCGAAUCGAUUCUGCAAUAACAGAUGCUAAAUGGAGAUUGGAGCUUUAUACAAAUCCGUAUUUCACAGAGUAUGCUAGUCAACCCGUUAAAGAUAGAAGUAAAACCUUUCGAACGAAGAAGCUUGUUACCAAUAAUUCCAAAGAGAGCGUACUUUCUCAUCAGGAAAGUAGUGUUUCUGACGAGUCGAAGAUUAAGUCUAACAGUAGUUCCGAUUCAGAAACUAUAAAUAAUACGAAAUGGCGAAAGCAUUCGAGAAAUCCAGUGUUAUCGGAUGGAACCAAAAACGUAAUUUACAAACCGUUGUUCGUAAACUUUUUAUUGGCAACUAAAGAAAGCUUGAUUAUUCGUUGCUUAUGGAAAAACGAUUAUACAAAGGCUCAGGAAAUUCUAGAGUCGUCUAAUAUGAAGAACACUCAACUGAAUGGAGAAGUGCAAUUUUCGAAAGCGUUGCACGCGUUUAGAAUAAAUAUACCAAAACAGGUGAACACGUUGAUAAGUACGAACGAGUCUCAAGAAAAUUCACAAUCUUCCGCGUUGGAAAACAUAAGACAAGUUGUUCAGGAAGGUAUACAGUCUUCCAGACAAACUGGCCAGUUCGAGACUUUCUUGGCUUCGCAAGAAGUCAAUCUGCGAAUGUUGUCCAUGGAAACUCUUAGUAAUUAUGAAAUAUUAACGAUAUGCGCGUUGGAUAUGGCUCUGACUGUCAGCCAGAUUUAUACGGUCUCCCUGAAUCUCUGCGAGGUUGCGAUGAAGUAUUUGAAAUUGUAUAAAACAUUUGACAACACGGAAUACGUGCAUUUUUUUCACAAGUUUUAUCAACUGUUAUACGAAAAGAAGGACGAGGCAUCCGUAGAGGAUAUACUCUGUGACGCAAAAGUUUCAUUAUCUGCGAAGGAAUACAAAGAGAAAGAGAACUUUUGGACUGAUAUUGUGAUUAGACAUGAAGAAUUCAAAGAGUCUCAAGUUAACAAAAAUACGAUUAAUAAUAUAUUGAAGGACAGGAAUCAUUUGCCUGGUUUAAAGAUAUUAUCCAAGAUAGCUACGAUCCCCCGUGGUACCAAGAAGUACAUGCAAAAUUUAUCGUCUCACUUACAACUUUUGCACGUGAUCAUUCCUACGGAACACGCAUUGUUCACUGUUUCUGAUUUAUUGAAAGUCCCGUUGCAUUAUUACAUUGGUCACCAGAUAUUCGAGCUUGAAACCGAGCCGCAUAGUCUCGAACCGAUAGCGCACGAUUUGCAAAUCAAUUUAGCGUACAGUAUCCUCACGAACGCUUGUCCUGUACUUCCUUACGAAGAGAAUGCAAGAUUCGAUACUAUUAGCAGAGAUAUCGGAUGUAUUGUUUUAAAUAAAUCAUCGAAUAUAUCGGAUCUGAAUUACAAAAUUCAAGGGCCAAACCAAUGCGUUUCAGAGAUCCUGACUGAACUCUUACAAGUUCUACACAAUUUGAAUUUGAAUCAAUCAUGUUUGACUCGUGAGACAUGUAAAAUUCUGUCGGAGCAUGCCGACGUUCGAAACGUUUUGAGCAAGACAGCUCGUCUUGUGAGCUUGGAUCUAAGCGUAUUGUCUAUGGGCGACGAAACGUUAACGUUCCUCGUGAAUACAUGGAAUCUGAUGUUCCUACACGCUGCAUUAACAGUCUGGGCGAACGAUCCUCCCUUUAAUGAGUUGCAGCACUCGAUAUCGUUAAAGUCGAUCGGUUAUUUAAUUGGCGAUUUGGGUUUGGUAACGUUGACCACGCUCAGAUCGAAAUUGUUGGGCGAUAUUAUAUCAAAUGAUCAAUUUUUUAUCGAAGUCGAGGAGCUCAAUGAACCAGCGUGGCAGGAUCUAGAUAUUACCCACGAUCCACGAGUAAUUUUUCUGAUGGCCAACGAAUACAGUGGAACACCUUAUAUAAAAAUCUGUAAUACUGAUUCGUUGAACGAAGAUUUAGCUAACGCUUUUCGCGAGUAUCUGGAUCAUUACUUGGCAAAGCGAGAAGAGAAUAUAAUUCAGUUACCGAAAAUCGUAGAACGGUAUCAGAAUUUUAUUUCUCAGAACUUUGAGUCCGAUCCUGGUAAUAAUAGUAACAGUACUUAUUCAAUAAAUGAAUACGUCGAGUUGGACGAAUCCACGACCAUCGAAUACGUUCCGCUGUCCUACUCGUACAGCAUAAUAUUGAAAUAUCAAAAACAGUCUAAUACGCAUCAUCAAAAGCAAGUGAAUGAAUACAAAACUGACUGGAAAAUUGAUAACAUAAGACCGAGCUUGUUGCAGUAUUUGGUAGGCCAGUGUUGGGUCGUCUCUUAUCUCCUACGGAGAAUACAGAACGAGAACGUUCCCGAUUUAUCUAAUCUGAAGCGCACCGCGUGCCUCGAAAAUCUCGUAACAUCACCCUGGGUGAAAGAAUUGAAAUCGUUGUUCGAAAACAAUCAAACUCUUGCCGCUAUCCUCGAGACAAUACCGAUGCCCAGGCUGUGGUCUCACUUUGAACUGAUUGCGAGAAACGCUGAAUGGGAACCCUGUUUGAAAUUAAUAAACGCUCUGCCAAGUCGUGUGGCUUUGAGCACCGAAGUACAAUGUUUCAAAGAUAAAGUUCUCGGGCAAAUAGUCACGAACAAGGACACGGAGUUAAACACGGAAAUACUACAGUACUUGUAUCAAAUCAAAGAUGUGUACACGUUGAGUGAAACGGUAUUAUACAAUAUUAACAAGUGGCACGUGAAUAUUUGUAAAAAUGUUCUACUUCAUCUGGUGCAUCACGUGGACAAUUACAAACUACCCAUGCAUUGCGUGCUGAAAUUGAUGGAGAUCUUGAGAAGAGUCCUGAUCUUUAAUAAAAUGCUUCCUUACUACAUAAUCAAAGCGAACGAAACCUGGUACGACAUCGUUUACUGCACGGGGAAGGUUGAUCCUCUACAGAUUGUUAAAUCGUUAAUGAAUGCAGAUCAAUUCGAACUGUGUUUGGAGUGGAUGGAGUGCCAAGCGUUCUCUUUAGAGAUACACCCUUUCAUAACGGAGGAGUUCUUGAUUGGCCUCUUGAAAAACGAAUCUCAAAAUUUCAACCAAACUUCAAAGUUCUUCCAGGCGCUACCUUUUGAUCAGUCGAUUAAGCUUUGUAAAGUCGUGCUGAACAAAUUAGAAUCCAUCGACUCACUGAGAUAUAUUUGUAAUUACUUAUUGCAGUACUGUAAAGCAACGGAGACAGUAAAAUAUAGAAGAACGUUAUUAGGAAUUGAAAUAUUGAGUAUGCUGGACGCUCGGGAGAGAUCAUUGUAUAUACAUCUGAUAAAAGAACCUUUACUGAUGUUGGAACAACUGUUGAUGAAUUGCAAAUUCGAGAAUAUUCAGAGGAUAUUGAGUGCGAUCGAGAACAAAUUGGAUCAAGCAGAUAUUUCACGGACCAGCUUCGACAAGAUCAUAAGAUUCUAUGCCCAGAAAUCUUUAGAUAUCCGCGUGUCUUUACAGUGCGACGCUAUUGAAAGCAAGUCUCUGAAGAAUAUUCAACAAUCUGCAUCAGAAACUGAAAAUACCGAGUUCGUUAUGCCUUUAUUCGUUCCUACUAAAGAAGAGUGGGUACCGAACGAUAAAGCGAAAAAAUGCAGUUGCUGCAAAAAUGUGAUAUUCUCGAUGUUUAAUAGAAGACACCACUGCCGCAGAUGUGGUCGCAUUAUCUGCGCGACUUGUUCUCAACACCGCAUGCAAGUAUCCGGUUACCCGCCCUCGGUGCUCGUACGCGUGUGCGACGAUUGCAAACGACAGACGAUAUUACAAGUGCAAACUUCCCAAGGGACACCGUCCACUUCCACGUUCGAUUACUGGCGAUUAACCAAAGAUCACGAGCACAACAAAACUAUCCGAGAAGAAUUCUCGUUCGAAUACGCUCCUAACAUUUCUUUAUGUCUAGCCAUUCUUAACUUACAUUCCGAGCACAAAUCGUACGCAAGCUUCUUAUUAGAUUGCUGUGACGAGAUGAGACGUCUUCUGCACCCCGUCGCCGGUGGGAAAGUAAAUCCCGAAGUGGAUCACGCUGUGAUCAUUAAAAUGAUACGUUCCCUACUAGUAGCUGCUAAAGUGAAAUGUGCCAAGCUUGGACUCAACACUGGACUAUCACAUUGCGAUAGUUCUCUCUCCCAAGUUGAUCUCAUCACCACUCUUAUUCAGUCUGACUGCGUACACUUGAUACCUUCCGACAAAGAACUGGACGAGAAAAACCAUACCUUGAGGAAACUGAGAGAUCGUCUAAUUGAGAAGGAACAGUGGACUCUCGCUUUAGAUAUGAGCACUAAGGCAGGGCUUGAUACUCAGGGCGUUUGGACGACUUGGGGCAAGGCAUGCUUGAAGGUGGGAUAUUUUGAUCAAGCACGAGACAAGUUCUUCCAUUGUCUCGACAAGGUUCAAUACGAUUCUUUCGACGAUUGGGUGAUUCUGUCGUAUCCGAGAGAAUCGGAAACCUCGAGCAAGAAAGAGACCGAAAGACUGAAUAAAAUUGAAGAGGAGAAACUGAAGAGAUCGGAGUAUUCGAAAAAUCGUCCGCUGAAAAAUCCACCGGUUCUUACGGAGAUCUUACAGAUCUUAGAUAAUCUGGGCGUGUACAAACAAUACGCGCACUAUCAAUACUCCAGCACCGCGCAAGAUUUAUUCAACACAUUCGGAAGCUUUAUCGCGAACAGGAAACAAUUCUUCGCUAAAAUUUAUUACGAAGAAAGCCUUUACUAUCUGUUAACUUACGGGAGUUACGCUUCGAUUUUAGAAUUCUUUUUGAAGCACGAAGAAUUCAACAAAUGCCUAGCGUUCACUUUGGAAAAUAAUUUAGAACCGGAGUUAUUUUUUAAUGAGAUUUAUCUAUACUGCUUGAGAAACGGGAACGUUGAAAAGCUUCACGAAGCGAUGUCGGACAAAGACCCAAGCUUGUUCGUUUGGAAAAAGUAUCUGAUACAUGUCUGUCAUAGCUUGGAAAAACGGCAAUACCUAAACAUCUUGUACCACUUGCAACUGUUCAUGAAAGACUCCGUGCGAGCUGCGAUGACAUGCGUUCGUUUCUAUAUCAACGAAGCGAGUAACUACACGGAUCUGAAAGCUAAAGCGAACUUUCUGCUCGACGCGCAGAAGCAUUUGGAGUCGGAGCUGCAAAUCGAAACUUUGAAUCGUAAGAGGAAGAAGAGCACAAGUUCUAUGCACGGCAGUCAAGGGAUUUUUACGAUGGAAAUGGAACCCUCGGAAAUAGACAAACAUAUAAAUACCAUUUCCAGGCAAAUGGAGAUUGCCAAGUUUCUGGCAAGUUGCGAGAAAGAGGGCAGAACUCCUAUUCAGUAUCUGAGACUGUUUCCAGGAAAGGAUUCUAAAACUUCGAUCACGGAAGUGCCCACGUUAUUUGGGAAUCAACAGCAAAAGAUCGAUCUGGCUGUUUUAACUAUUCUUUGCGGGUGCAACAUCGAAGAGGGAUUUGGAAUAGCGUUCAGGAUUAUGCAAGAUUAUUAUCUACCGCAGCAAAAAGUGUAUUCGUUAGCCGGACACGUAUUGACGAUGAAAAACGAUGUUCCAGCGAUACAACAAUUGAUCAAAUGUUGUCAGACAUCGGGCAUUCCAAAUUCGUAUAUAAUAUCGGAUUACGUGAUAACGCAUUGCGUAAAACUAUUAAUGAGUCGUCUGAACAAUCAAGACGAAGCAGUACUAAAAAAUGAUAUUUAUGGUCUUGUCAGACUGAUAACUGAUGUAGAACUUAAGAUAAAUGCAUAUAUCGAGUGUAAACAAUUAAAAGCAGCGUACUUAUUAGCUGUGAAAGAUUCGAGGACACAAGAUAUAAAAAAGAUUUUAAAGGAAUCUGACAGACUAGGUCAAAACGCUAUCGAAGCAAUAUGUAUAAAAUGGCUUGAACAGCAAUCAAAGAAAUAAUGUAUAUACAUAUAAAUUAUGUCUAUUAAUAAGUGAUACAAAGACAGAAGCUUGCAACACGUUUGUAUAAAUGUUCCUAAAAUGAUAUGUGAAAAGAGCAUUUAUAUUUUUUAUGAUUUUUAUAGCCUUAAACUUGAACGAAAUGUGAAUUUUGUAAUUUAUGAUAUAAACAGUAAUACAGUCCCACAAUGUAAGAAUACGAUAAUAAACCUCGAAAUGUUUAUUAUACUCAGA